UUCCAACUUGUGUAUAAUCUUUAUUACCACUUACCAGCUCCCACCGAAGCUCCCACUACAGCUGCCCCUACAGCUGCCCCUCCUUCGGUACCUUCAUGGGGUUACGAGGGCGAAGGAGGUCCCGAGAACUGGGCGACGCUGUUCCCCAAUUACUGUGCUGGCAGCAGUCAGUCCCCGAUCGCCUUGAACGGACUCGAAGCCACUGCUAAAAGCUCCUCCGACGCCUGGGUGCUGGACAAAUACGACACCGUCCCCGGUGCUCUCCUGAUUGAAAACAAUGGACACUCAGCCAAGGUUGCGUGGAACACCACAAACAUCGAUGAGCUCCCCUCAGUCAGCGGCGGUGAGUUGGGCGCAAAAUACACUUUCGCCCAGUUUCACUUCCACUGGGGCAGCGUCAGCACGCAGGGAUCUGAGCACACCAUCAAUGGGGUCGCAUACGCUGCCGAGCUUCAUCUGGUGCACUUCAAGACUGAGUAUGGGUCCCUCGGCGCGGCGGUCGCGCACGAUGACGGCCUUGCUGUGUUGGGCAUUAUGCUCCUGGGCGGUCUGGUCGACAAUCCCAGUCUCACGCCAAUCAUCGACGGGCUCGCCACCAUCCGAAAUUCGGGUGAUGAAGAACCUCUGGCAACGCUGUUCCCUCUGCAAACCCUCAUGCCGACGAACCCCAACACCUUCUACAGGUACUCAGGUUCCUUGACGACUCCCACCUGUAAUGAGGUCGUCACGUGGACUGUCUUCCCAGACGUCAUAAGCAUUUCUGAGAAUCAGCUUGAGGAAUUCCGCAAGCUUCUCGGAGAUGACGGAGAGCACCACAUUGAAGACAACUACCGACCCGUGCAGCCCCUCAACGGCCGCACGGUCGAGAAGAUCACAUUGUCUUAACUCUUCAUGAUCUUCACCGGCCAAGAAUGAGAACAACGAGCUAAGAGAGAAAAAAGAGUGAGAGAG